AUGCGCGCCAUGGUUCACGGAAUGGUCAGCCGAACGCAUGCCAAGAAGAAGCAGCAGCAGCAGCAGCAGCAGCCGGAAGCCAUCGCGGCUCCGGUUGCCGCCAAAAUGGUGCCGAGCUCAUCGAGCUCAUCGCCGCCGGCGGCGCCGUUGAGGCGCGCGAUUCCCAAAACCGCGACGCUCGAUGGUAGGACGAUUCGAAAGCCCGACAAUCAUCAGAAUGGUGUGGUUCGGGCCGAUCUCGCCGUAAAAGUCUGCGUGCAUUGCAAAAACGAUCGGUCGGACCACGAGUUGCCGCCGAAUCAAGCGCUCAACGUCUACAAUCGACUCGGAAUCCAGCCGCCUGAGACGAUGCCGACGCAGACGGCGGCGGGCGGCGCCGCGCCGCAAGAGGUGCCCGGCAACGUCGGACACGGCUACGCGUGGGUCCCGCCGGGAUUGUCGAGGAAAAAGGUCGAGGAGUAUAUGGCGCAAUUGCCGAACAACGUGGUCCCAAGGACGAACUCGAUCGGUGAGAAGGUUCGCGAGAAGCAGCUUCUCCUUCAGCUCCCGCGUCAAGAUUUGUCGGUGGCGUAUUGCCGCAAUUUGUCAACGGCUACCGAGCGCAAAGUUUAUGAGGAGUUUGUGAACGCGAGAAACGAGAUCGCACUUGACAUCGGCUACGUUUCGCCGAGCAUCCCGAAAGCCAUGGAAUGCCAUAAAUGCUCGGGAAUUCUCGAAGCCAACGAGAUGGCGGUGAUCGCGCCGAAACUCGGCGAGUCGACCGGCUGGCAUCCGGCGUGCUUCACGUGUCAGACGUGCGAGCAGCUACUCGUCGAUUUGACGUAUUGCGUGAAAGACAAUCAAAUAUUCUGCGAGCGGCAUUACGCCGAGCUCCACAAGCCGCGGUGUUCGGCGUGCGAUGAGCUGAUAUUUGCUGGCGAGUACACGAAAGCGAUGAACAAGGAUUGGCACAGCGAUCAUUUCUGCUGUUGGCAAUGCGAUCAGACGCUGACCGGACAGAGGUACAUAAUGCGCGACGAGCAGCCGUACUGCAUCAAAUGCUAUGAGGAUGUGUUCGCGAAUCAGUGCGACGAGUGCGCGAAGCCGAUUGGAAUCGACUCGAAGGACCUCUCCUACAAGGACAAACAUUGGCACGAGCAUUGCUUUUUGUGCAGUAUGUGCAAAAUCUCGCUGGUCGACAUGCCGUUUGGCAGCAAAAACGAUCGAAUUUUCUGCUCGAAUUGCUACGAUCAGGCGUUCGCGACGCGUUGCGACGGCUGCAACGAGAUAUUCCGGGCGGGCAUGAAAAAAAUGGAAUACAAGGGCAAACAAUGGCACGACAAAUGUUUUUGUUGCGCGCAUUGCAAGGUGCCGAUCGGCACCAAAUCGUUCAUUCCGAAAAACGAGGACGUGUUCUGCGGUCCGUGCUACGAGGAGAAAUUCGCGACGCGUUGCAGCAAAUGCAAAAAGGUGAUCACCGCCGGCGGUGUGACGUACAAAAACGAGCCGUGGCAUCGCGAGUGCUUCUGCUGCACGAAUUGCAAUUCGUCGCUGGCCGGCCAGCGAUUCACCAGCAAAGACGAGAAGCCGUACUGCGCGAAUUGCUACGGCGAGCUGUUCGCGAAACGAUGCAACGCGUGCACGAAGCCGAUCACCGGCAUCGGCGGCGCGAAAUUCAUCUCGUUCGAGGACCGCCAUUGGCACAAUGAUUGUUUCAUUUGUGCGCAAUGCACGACGUCGCUCGUCGGCAAAGGCUUCAUCACCGACGGCCACGAGAUUCUGUGUCCCGAGUGCGCCAAGGCUCGUCUAAUGGCCGCCAACUCGUAA